AGCUGGUACUAGCUAGCUAGGAAUGGUAUCUGCACCGGUAUGCCACAGAGAUUUGAAGACUUCUUUUGCUGUUGCUGCAAUGCUUUGCUCGCAGGCUACCGAGCAUGUCUUGUUGAAAGACGCACACGGGCUCUGCGUAUCUUUUUUCAGAACCCUUUUGACCGAAAGAAGAAGCAACAGCUGAGUUGAGUGACACCAGCUUGUCCCACAGAAACGAUCAAAGGCGACUGACUGUCCAAGCACCAUUCUUCGUGGAAGCAAGGAAGCAAUCGAAAGAGAAGGGACGUUGCCACAAUCCAAAUCACACAACCCAUCUCUCCACUCUCAACUACCUUUUUGUCCUAACUAAUAAACACUACUAAUAGCAACCAUGACACGAGGCCACAGUCCCCCAUCCAGUUUGACGAGCGAAGACAUUGUAUCGUUGGCCAUGGUCCGGCGCGACAUUUGGAAGAGUGCCAUGACGGGUUUUGUGGUGGGUGGAACGGGGAGUUUUCUCUUGCACAAGACGGCCGAGUACUUGUCGAAACAUCGCAGCAAAGUGCUGCCUCUGACAUUGACGCGCAAUACGGCAUUUGCGACCGUCAUGAUGGGUGCCUCGUUGGGAUCCUUUCUCGCGGCCACGACAACGGGCAAGAAUCAAGUCCAUCAUUUGCAUCCCAUUUUUCAACGGGGCAACACAAACGCCAACACUGUGCCGCUAGUAAAUGCCGUCGAUAUUUCCCCGGAAGAUGCGGAACGAUUGGAACGAGAACGAAAUCGCAUCAUGCGACGAGCGUCGCUGAAUCAAGCCAUUCGAGCACCGGGCCAUGGACUCAAUGAUUCGCAUGGAGGACAUUGGGUACAGGAUAGUACCACGCAAUUUCGAAAAGAGUAA